AUGGUAAGAUUAAUAAUAGAGUGGGUGGAAUCUCGACUUAGAGAUGGUAGUGAUAAUAAUAUAGAUAAUCCAACUCCUGGUACUCCAAAACAAAAUUUUCAAAUGGAAUAUCCACCUGAACCUUUUUUUGGGUUGAUAUCAUCAUCGGAAACAACAACUAUUGACACUAUUAUAAAUGAAAAAAUAAACAAGGUACAAUCACCACCACCAAAUUACGAAACUUCAACAACUUCUCAGUUAACAUCACCAUCAUCUAUGUUAUUGAAUAAUUCAAUAGAUCAUCAGUUCAUGAUUCAAUUGUUUAAAUUUCAUACAUAA